AUGGGACUGCGUAUCUCUGUGUCUCCCGUGCAAACUGCUUUUUACAUCAUCCUGGUGAUGCUGGGGAUCAUUGGUAAUGCCACCGUGGUUGGGGUGAUUGGUAAGAGUGUCAUAGUGGACCGGGUUGGGGGACGUAACUCAGACAUAAUUAUCAUUAACAUGGCACUGUCCAACCUGCUGGUGUCUGUGAUGAGGAACACACUGCUUAUCGUCUCAGACGUGGGACUUGAGCUAUACUCAUCCAAAGAGUGGUGUCAGUUUCUCAUGGGUGUCUGGGUGUGGCUGCGAUCGGUCAACGUGUGGUCAACGCUCUUCCUCAGUGCGUUCCACCUCCAAACAUUGAGGCGUGUGGCUCCAGCUAUUGGGAACCUUCAUGCGCCCCGGGGUCUCCCUAAGACCCUAAUGUUCAUUUUGGGCCUCAUCUGGUGUCUCAACUUUAUGUACUCCAUUCCUGCUCAUAUCUAUUCUACUAGUGGGGACGUAAACAGCACCGAGACCCUGAUGCUGGUGAGCAGCACGACGCGCCCCCUGCUGGGCUGUGUCUGGAACUUCCCCUCCAGCUACAGCGGCCUCGCCUACGCCACCACAUCUAUGGUGAUCCAUGAAACUAUUCCCAUAAUCCUAAUGGCCUUCACCAACCUGGGCUCCCUCUACACACUCUACACCCACAGCAGGAUGAGGAGCUCGGUACCAGAUGCACCAGUCAUAAAGCGUGUGCCUGCUGAGAGGAGAGCAGCCAAGGUAAUUCUUGCUCUCAUAAUGCUUUUCAUUGCAUCCUGGGGAACCAGCAUCAUCUCAGUCAACUAUUUCAACUACAACCGCGGCUCCUCAGCAGAGUUUCUUCUGGUCAUCGCUCGUUUUGCCAACAUCAUCUUCAUUGCCAUGUCACCGGCUGUUCUGGCAGUGGGCCACAGGCGGCUGCGUUUGUUCGUCAAGUCUAUGCUCUCUAAAUGA